CCCCUGGCAUGCGUGUGCCUCGCACGACCAAGGACUCGCAGCUGUCUCAGUUGCAGACUCUGUGACUUGCGUUCUCACCCGAGGAUGCAGGCUGAUAAAUGCAGGACAAGUAGCCGAAGUGUCAAAAAGGAGCUGGUGAUCGAGUCCCCGCUGCGGAGCAAGGAUGCAGCCCAGGGCGAGGUGGAAGCAGAGAGCCCGGGGCCCGUGCUGGCCAAGCCAAAGCUGAUUGAGCCGCUAGACUAUGAAAAUGUCAUCGUCCAGAAGAAGACACAGAUCCUGAACGACUGUCUACGGGAGAUGCUGCUCUUCCCGUAUGAUGACUUUCAGACGGCCCUCCUGAGACGACAGGACCGGUACCAGCGCUCCACCGUGCCCCCCAACGCACAGCAGGACGCCCAGAGCCUAUUCGUGACAGAGUGCAUCAAAACCUAUAACUCUGACUGGCAUCUUGUGAACUAUAAAUACGAAGAUUACUCAGGAGAGUUUCGACAGCUUCCAAACAAAUUGGCCAAGUUGGAUAAACUUCCAGUUCAUGUCUAUGAAGUGGACGAGGAGGUCGACAAAGAUGAGGAUGCCGCCUCCCUCGGCUCUCAGAAGGGUGGGAUCACCAAGCACGGCUGGCUGUACAAAGGCAACAUGAACAGUGCAAUAAGUGUGACCAUGAGGUCAUUUAAAAGACGAUUUUUCCACCUGAUUCAACUUGGUGAUGGGUCCUACAAUUUGAAUUUUUAUAAAGAUGAAAAGAUCUCCAAGGAACCAAAAGGAUCAAUAUUUCUCGACUCCUGUAUGGGUGUGGUUCAGAACAACAAAGUCAGACGUUUUGCUUUUGAGCUCAAGAUGCAGGACAAAAGUAGUUACCUAUUGGCAGCAGACAGUGAAGUGGAGAUGGAAGAGUGGAUCACAAUUCUGAACAAGAUUCUCCAGCUCAACUUUGAAGCUGCGAUGCAGGAAAAGCGGAACGGAGACUCUCAUGAAGAUGAUGAACAAAGCAAAUUGGAAGGUUCUGGUUCCAGUUUAGAUAGCUACCUGCCUGAACUUGCAAAGAGUGCCAGAGAAGCAGAAAUCAAACUGAAAAGUGAAAGCAGAGUUAAACUUUUUUACUUGGACCCAGAUGCUCAGAGGCUUGACUUCUCAUCAGCUGAGCCAGAAGUGAAGCCAUUUGAAGAGAAAUUUGGAAAAAGAAUUCUCGUCAAGUGCAAUGACUUAUCUUUCAAUUUGCAAUGCUGUGUUGCCGAAAAUGAAGAAGGGCCCACUACAAACGUCGAGCCUUUCUUUGUCACUCUGUCCCUGUUUGACGUAAAAUACAACCGGAAGAUUUCUGCCGACUUCCACGUGGACUUGAACCACUUCUCAGUGCGGCAGAUGCUGGUCACCACGUCCCCAUCUCUGAGGAACGGCGACCGGCAAAGCUCGCCUGCCCCGCUAGGCAUCCUCCACGAGGCCUCCAUGCAGUACCCGAAGCAGGGGAUAUUUUCAGUCACAUGUCCUCAUCCUGAUAUAUUCCUUGUGGCUAGAAUUGAAAAAGUACUUCAGGGGAGCAUCACCCACGGUGCUGAGCCAUACAUGAAGAGUUCCGACUCCUCCAAGGUUGCUCAGAAGGUUCUGAAGAAUGCCAAGCAGGCAUGCCAAAGGCUAGGGCAGUACAGAAUGCCAUUUGCUUGGGCAGCAAGGACGUUGUUUAAGGAUGCAUCUGGAAACCUUGACAAAAGCGCCAGGUUUUCUGCUCUCUACAAGCAAGACAGCAAUAAGCUAUCCAAUGAAGACAUGCUCAAGUUACUUGCAGACUUUCGGAAACCUGAGAAGAUGGCUAAGCUCCCCGUGAUUUUGGGCAAUCUAGACAUUACAAUUGAUAACGUUUCCUCAGACCUUCCUAAUUAUGUCAACUCAUCAUACAUUCCUACAAAGCAAUUUGAAACCUGUACUAAAAUGCCAAUUACGUUUGAGGUGGAGGAAUUUGUACCCUGCAUCCCUAAACACACUCAACCUUACACCAUCUACAACAAUCACCUUUAUGUUUAUCCUAAGUCCUUGAAAUAUGACAGUCAAAAGUCUUUUGCCAAGGCCAGAAAUAUUGCUAUUUGCAUUGAAUUCAAAGAUUCAGAUGAGGAAGACUCAAAGCCUCUGAAGUGCAUUUACGGCAGGCCUGGUGGGCCGCUAUUCACAGAAAGCGCCUUUGCUGCGGUUUUACACCAUCACCAAAACCCAGAAUUUUAUGAUGAGAUUAAAAUAGAAUUGCCCACCCAGCUACAUGAAAAGCACCACUUGCUGUUCACAUUCUUCCAUGUCAGCUGCGAUAAUUCAAAUAAAGGGAGCACGAAGAAGAAGGACGUUGUUGAAACACAAGUUGGAUAUUCUUGGCUUCCUCUCCUGAAGGAUGGAAGGGUGGUGACUAGCGAGCAGCACAUCCCUGUCUCAGCCAAUCUCCCGUCUGGCUACCUAGGCUUCCAGGAGCAUGGGAUGGGCAGGCAUUAUGGUCCAGAAAUUAAAUGGGUAGAUGGAAGCAAGCCUCUGCUCAAAGUUUCAACUCAUCUGGUUUCCACAGUGUACACUCAGGAUCAGCACUUACAUAAUUUUUUCCAGUACUGUCAGAAAACCGAAUCCGGAGCCCAGGCCUUAGGAAGUGAACUCGUAAAAUACCUUAAGAGCCUGCAUGCGAUGGAGGGUCAUGUGAUGAUCGCCUUCUUGCCCACCAUCCUAAACCAGCUCUUCCGCGUCCUCACCCGAGCAACCCAGGAGGAGGUUGCAGUCAACGUGACACGGGUCAUUAUUCAUGUGGUUGCCCAGUGCCAUGAGGAAGGAUUGGAGAGCCACUUGAGGUCAUAUGUUAAGUAUGCAUAUAAGGCCGAGCCAUAUAUUGCUUCCGAAUACAAGACAGUGCACGAAGAGCUGACCAAAUCCAUGACCACGAUUCUCAAGCCUUCUGCCGACUUCCUCACCAGCAACAAACUACUCAAGUAUUCGUGGUUUUUCUUUGAAGUUUUGAUAAAAUCCAUGGCUCAGCAUUUGAUAGAAAACUCCAAAGUUAAGCUGUUGCGAAACCAGAGAUUCCCUGCCUCCUAUCAUCACGCGGUGGAAACUGUUGUGACUAUGCUAAUGCCUCACAUCACGCAGAAGUUCCGAGAUAACCCGGAUGCGUCCAAGAAUGCCAACCACAGCCUGGCUGUGUUCAUCAAGAGAUGUUUCACCUUCAUGGACAGAGGCUUUGUCUUCAAGCAGAUCAACAACUACAUCAGCUGUUUUGCUCCUGGAGAUCCUAAGACCCUCUUUGAAUACAAAUUCGAAUUUCUUCGUGUGGUGUGCAAUCAUGAACAUUAUAUUCCUUUGAAUUUACCAAUGCCGUUUGGAAAAGGCAGGAUUCAAAGAUAUCAAGCUUUUCUUUCACCAGCUGUGGAGUCAAAUGACACUCCUGUAGAUCUUCAGCUUGACUACGCAUUAACAGAUGAGUUCUGCAGAAACCACUUCUUGGUGGGACUCUUACUGAGGGAGGUGGGGGCCGCCCUCCAGGAGUUCAGGGAGGUCCGAGUGAUUGCCAUCAGCGUGCUCAAGAACCUGCUGAUAAAGCACUCUUUUGAUGACAGAUACGCUUCCAGGAGCCAUCAGGCAAGGAUAGCCACUCUCUACCUGCCUCUGUUUGGUCUGCUGAUUGAGAACGUCCAGCGGAUCAACGUGAGAGAUGUGUCUCCCUUCCCGGUGAACCCUGGCAGUACUGUGAAGGAAGACUCCCUCGCUUUGCCGGCAGUGAACCCGUUAGUGACGCCCCAGAAGUCUGGGGGCGCGCUGGACGCUAGCCUGCACAAGGAGCUCUUUGGCGCCAUCUCUGGCAUUGCUUCUCCAUAUACGAACUCAACUCCCAACAUCAAUAGCGUGAGAAAUGCUGAUUCAAGAGGCUCCCUCAUAAGCACAGAUUCCGGGAACAGCCUUCCAGAAAGGAAUAGUGAGAAGAGCAAUUCCCUGGAGAAGCACCAACAAAGUGGCACUUUGGGAAAUUCCGUCGUUCGCUGUGACAAACUGGACCAGUCUGAGAUUAAGAGCCUGCUGAUGUGUUUCCUUUACAUAUUAAAAAGCAUGUCUGACGAUGCUUUGUUUACAUAUUGGAACAAGGCCUCAACAGCUGAACUUAUGGAUUUUUUUACAAUAUCAGAAGUCUGCCUGCACCAGUUCCAGUACAUGGGGAAGCGCUAUAUCGCCAGAACAGGGAUGAUGCAUGCGAGAUUGCAGCCGCUGGGCAGCCUGGAUAACUCUCUCACUUUUAACCACAGCUACGGCCACUCGGACGCUGACGUUCUCCACCAAUCGCUGCUUGAAGCCAACAUUGCUACUGAGGUGUGCCUGACGGCGCUGGACACCCUCUCUCUGUUCACACUGGCGUUUAAGAACCAGCUCCUGGCUGACCAUGGACAUAAUCCCCUCAUGAAGAAAGUUUUUGACGUCUACCUGUGUUUUCUUCAAAAACAUCAGUCUGAAACGGCUUUAAAACACGUCUUCACUGCCUUAAGGUCACUGAUCUAUAAGUUCCCCUCGACGUUCUACGAGGGGAGAGCGGACAUGUGUGCGGCCCUGUGCUACGAGAUCCUCAAGUGCUGCAACUCCAAGCUGAGCUCCAUCAGGACCGAGGCCUCCCAGCUGCUGUACUUCCUGAUGAGGAACAACUUCGACUACACCGGGAAGAAGUCCUUUGUCCGGACCCAUCUGCAGAUUGUUAUUUCAGUCAGCCAGCUGAUAGCAGAUGUUGUUGGCAUCGGGGGAACCAGGUUCCAGCAGUCCUUGUCUAUCAUCAACAACUGCGCCAACAGUGACAGGCUCAUCAAGCACACCACCUUCUCCUCGGACGUGAAGGACUUGACCAAAAGGAUCCGCACGGUUCUGAUGGCCACAGCCCAGAUGAAGGAGCACGAGGCUGACCCUGAGAUGCUGGUGGACCUCCAGUACAGCCUGGCCAAGUCCUAUGCCAGCACCCCCGAGCUCCGGAAGACGUGGCUGGACAGCAUGGCCCGGAUCCACGUCAAGAACGGCGACCUGUCCGAGGCAGCAAUGUGCUACGUCCAUGUCACAGCCCUGGUGGCAGAAUAUCUCACACGGAAAGGCAUGUUUAGACAAGGAUGCACAGCCUUCAGGGUCAUCACCCCAAACACCGAUGAGGAGGCCUCCAUGAUGGAAGACGUCGGCAUGCAGGACGUCCACUUCAACGAGGACGUGCUCACAGAGCUCCUGGAACAGUGCGCAGACGGGCUCUGGAAGGCCGAGCGCUACGAGCUGAUCGCCGACAUCUAUAAGCUCAUCAUCCCCAUCUACGAGAAGCGGAGGGACUUCGAGAGGCUGGCCCACCUAUACGACACGCUGCACAGAGCCUACAGCAAGGUGACUGAGGUCAUGCACUCCGGCCGCCGGCUCCUGGGCACGUACUUCCGAGUGGCCUUCUUCGGGCAGGGGUUCUUUGAAGAUGAAGAUGGAAAGGAGUAUAUUUACAAGGAACCCAAACUCACACCUCUGUCAGAAAUUUCUCAGAGACUUCUCAAACUUUACUCAGAUAAAUUUGGUGCUGAAAACGUCAAGAUGAUACAAGAUUCUGGCAAGGUCAACCCCAAGGAUCUGGAUUCCAAGUAUGCAUACAUCCAGGUGACUCACGUGAUCCCGUUCUUUGAUGAGAAAGAACUGCAAGAAAGGAAAACGGACUUCGAAAGAUCCCACAACAUUCGCCGCUUCAUGUUCGAGAUGCCCUUCACCCAGAGCGGGAAGCGACAGGGGGGCGUAGAGGAGCAGUGCAAGCGGCGCACCAUCCUGACAGCGAUACACUGCUUCCCGUACGUGAAGAAGCGGAUCCCAGUCAUGUACCAGCACCACACAGACCUGAACCCCAUCGAGGUGGCCAUCGACGAGAUGAGCAAGAAGGUGGCCGAGCUCCGGCAGCUGUGCUCCUCGGCCGAAGUGGACAUGAUCAAACUGCAGCUCAAGCUCCAGGGCAGCGUGAGCGUCCAGGUCAACGCUGGUCCACUGGCAUAUGCCCGAGCUUUCUUAGAUGACACAAACACGAAAAGAUACCCUGACAAUAAAGUGAAGUUGCUUAAAGAAGUUUUCAGGCAAUUUGUGGAAGCUUGCGGUCAAGCCUUAGUAGUGAACGAACGGCUCAUCAAGGAGGACCAGAUAGAGUAUCAGGAAGAAAUGAAGGCCAACUACAGGGAAAUGACAAAAGAGCUUUCUGAAAUCAUGCACGAGCAGAUCUGCCCCCUGGAGGAGAAGACGAGCGUUCUGCCAAACUCCCUGCACAUCUUCAAUGCCAUCAGCGGGACGCCCACCAGCACGCUGGUGCACGGCAUGACCAGCUCGUCCUCCGUGGUGUGAUCUCCCCGCGUGGUCCACGGGUGGGGACUUGCUCUGUCAUUUGCAAACUCAGGACGAUGACUCCAAAGCUAAUCCCUGGGCAGGUGCCCGACACGGGGAGACCGAGCACAAGGAGGAGCCGAGGGGAUGGAAGAGUUACGGGAAUAAAGAACCGGGUAAUUUCGUAUCUCCUGGAGGAGUCCUCCUCAAGAGAGCAUUCGUUAUUUUUUUUUUUAAACCUCGCUGGCAAUAUUCAACAUUUUCAUUGUGUCUUAACAGAGAUGUGUAGUGGACACUCUUCGGCUGGAGUUAAGUGUUAUUCUUCCUUACAGAAGUAGUAUUAAAAAUAAACGGCCUGGAGAAAACACGUGUUUUGGAAUGUACAUAGCACUGAAGUCGAGGCUGGAGGGUAACCCUUCGCCUCUAGGCUAAGCUGGAAAAUCUUGAAAAUAUUUUUUUUUUCCUGUGGCACAUUCAGAUUGAAAACAAGAACUAUUUUUGUGACUAGUUUUUGAUGACCUAAGGAAACUGACCAUUGUAAUUUUUGUACCAGUGAACCAGAAAAGCUAGUGCUUUUAUACUCAUUUACUUGCAUUGAAGAAAUAGGAAAGCUUAAGAAACUAUGGGAGCUUAAAACUAGUCAAGCAGUUUAGAACCAAAGGCCUGUAUUAAUAAACACAACUAUGCUAAACGUUUAAAGGAGUACAGUAUACUGUUAUGUACAUAGAGUUUGUUAAUACAGUCUUGGUAUUGUGUACAUACACGUAUGACAUUUCUACAUUUUUAAUACAUCAGCUUCUGCAUAAAGUUUAAUUGUGACAGAUUUGUGCUGUUCUAGUAUAUGCAACACACUUGACUCUACUGUUUUAUUCUUGUACAUAAAAGCAGUGCAGUUUGGAGGUGUAUACAGUCUUUGCUAUGUUAGGUUUAUAAACCAUUUUAAAAAUUUCAUCCUUUUGCCAAAGUGGUGGAGUAUGUCAUUGAUAAAUCAUAAAUCUUGUGGUGAAUAGUGGUGUAAUGUAAAGCCUUCACCAUGUUAUAUUUUCUUUUCAGACAUUAAUUGAGUAAUUUUAUAUUUGGGAAAAAUAAAGGUUUUUAAUUUUAUUUAACUAGAAUCUCUGCCCUGCUGUAAUUAAACAUUCUGUACCACAUCUGUAUUAAAAACAACAUUGCUGAUUUUCUGGUAGCGAGUAUUGGGUAUUUAUUGUCGGACAGCCUUAAGAGGGGGCAGGAUAUUGAA